UAACACUAAGCGACGCGCGCGCCGCCCGCUCAGUCGCGACACGCACGGCCUAAACGCAGGCGCAUCUUCCUGGGGUACCAGUAUCGAUCCCCACUUAUACCAAACAGAUCAAAAACUUUAGAUAGAAAAUUUCGGGAAAGUGCAAUACAAGUCCCCCGUCAUGGGGCGAAUAACUUGGUGCGUGCUAGUGUUUUGCGCAACCACAUGGGCAUCUCCACAUUCAGACGUGUCAGAGUUCCUCCGGAGUGCAGUGGAAACAGUCCCCCAACAUGACCCCAUUGCUGCACCCAUAAGAUCCUCCGUGGAGAGCAUACCACUCAGGAGUCUUCGUGAAGAAGGAGAAGGGAGGCUGCCGCUCCGAGAUGCAGUGGAAAAACGACCAAUUUCGUUAAUUGAUGAGAAUUCGUUUUCGUUAAAAACGGUUGAGGACGAGGAAUCGGAUAACAACGACGACACCUUCGUAGAGCUCAAAAAAUUUUACGGAGCCGCUAGUUAUCUAAACACCAAAAACGAUGAACGACUACAACAUGGCAAUGCAAAUUUACAAGAAAUGCAACAAACUAGUGGGGCAACGGAUCGUCGCAUGGUGGUGUGUUACAUGCAGUCCUGGGCAGCGUACCGGGCGCCGCCGUUGGCAUUCACCGCUGGCUUGGUUCCACGUUCCUGCACACAUCUGCAUUAUGCCUUUGCGGCUAUACACCCCCACACAUAUGCGGUACUACCGGCCAACGAAGACUAUGAUAUUAUUAAAGGUGGUUACCGCAUCGCGACUGGCUUGAAACGCCGACUUCAAGGGCUCAAAGUCAUGAUCAGCGUGGGCGGCGAGGGCACGGACCGGCUGUUUAGCGAGCUCGUUCAAGAACCCAACAGGCGCAGCCUGUUUAUUGACAGUGCUGUCGACUUCUUGAGGGAACACGACUUCGACGGACUUGACCUUCAUUGGGUUUAUCCAGGCGAAAGAGAUGAACGCGAAAAAGAACUUCUGACUUCACUCCUCUACGAACUCCGCGAAAAGUUUUCAUCAUACGGACUCCUCCUUUCGACUGUCCUGCCACCGUUUAGAUACCAAAUCGAAGAUGGUUACGAUCUGAGCGCUGUCAGUGGGGCGACGGACUACACUAUUCUGCAGGCUUGGGAUAUGACUCAUGGAAAGAAAGACGAACCUCCUGCGAGAGCGCUACAUCACAGCACUCUACAUCGAGACCCUGGCGCGGCAUCGCGCGAUCAGAGAUAUGACAACAUCGAGUUCAUGGUAAAAUACAUCAUCCGCCAUGGAAUGGCAGCCGACAAACUCGUCCUUGGAGUGCCACUGUUUGGUCGCAGCUACACGUUGGCCGCGUCCACGUUGCCUUCCCCGGGGGCGCCAGUCAGCGGUUGGGGCGAAGAAGGGCAAUACACACAAACAAAGGGAAUGUUAUCGUACUUUGAGAUAUGUAUGAAAGAACGCAUGGGCGACGGCGUGGUUGCAUUCGAUGAAGCUGGCAAUUCAUUCGCAUUAUUCGACAACCAAUGGGUAUCUUUUGACUCCCAAAGCACGGUUUUGGAAAAGAUGAGAUUUGUCAUUAGUACUGGACUAGCGGGUGCUGCCGCGUGGUCAGUGGACAUGGAUGAUUUCAGAGGACUGUGUGGUACUCCGUUCCCAAUACUGAGCACCAUUUCAACGAGCUUGAAUGGAGAAUCUAUACAAUCAGACCAAUCUACAUUGAAAAUAGGGUUCUGCGAAUCAGACACUCCAUACUUGGCAUCUGACGAAGAAUCCUGUGCACACUUCCACUUCUGUGCAGGUGGUAUUAAUUACAGAAUGCUGUGCGAAGAGGACCGACUGUACGAUCCAUCUACAGGAUUUUGCGGUCAUUUGGAUGUCGCUAAGUGUAUUCCUGGCCAAAGUCUUAGGAUCAGCGUGCAAGAAGCAGAGCGCUACCUGUCACAAGCUUACGAGACUGAUUUUGAAUGGAAUGGUCAAAGUAUCAAAGACAUUCAAGCUGCACAACUGAUGUCAAAUGAUGUUGACACAAAGAAAACCAAGGUUGGUGGUUUACGGGUCCGCAAAAACGUUUCGACUAGAAAAUAUAACAAGUUCUCCGCUUGGGAUACUUCUUACCGGCCGCAAUUAACAAACAAAAAGCCCAACACUAUUUUUAUUGUUCAAGAAUCCAAUGUUAAACAAUAUGACGACGAGACAGACAAAGAAAGCGACAAAAAAGUCGUAUGCUACAUGACUGGCUGGGCAUUUUAUCGGCGAGGCGAAGGAAAAUUUGUCCCAGAACACAUUGACUCCAGGCUCUGUACUCACGUGGUGUAUGCCUAUGCAUCCCUUUCUCCUGACGAGCUUAUUGCAAAGGAGUUCGACCCAUGGGCUGACUUGACAAACAAUUUAUACGAACGAGUAACUUCUUUGAAAGACGUCAAAGUACUCCUUGGAUUGGGCGGGUGGACUGACUCAGCUGGUGACAAAUACUCCCGACUGGUCUCCUCCGACUCAGCUCGAUCGAAGUUUAUACAGAAGCUGAUACCUUUCCUGCGCAUGCACAACUUCAAUGGACUCCACUUGGACUGGAACUACCCCGUGUGCUGGCAGAGCAACUGCAAGAAGGGCGCAGCGUCCGAUAAGGCGAAUUAUGCUGUGUUUGUUCAGGAACUAUCAAAAGCGCUGCACGCAGCUGGCAUGGAGCUCGGGGUAGCUCUGUCAGGGUACAAAGAAGUGAUCGACUCGGCGUACGACUUGCCAGCGAUAUCGAGGGCAGCCGACUUCAUGAGCACCAUGACGUACGACUACCACGGCGGCUGGGAGUCGAGCACGGGGCAUCAUACCCCACUUGUUCCUGCGCCCGGCGACGCUCUAGCUUAUUACUCCAUUGAAUACGCUAUCAAAGCUCUUCUAAAAGGUGGCGCCGACCCUAAGAAACUGCUCCUAGGAUUGUCGUUCUACGGUCAAUCAUACAGAUUAGCCAAGGUAGAAGGCUCGAAGAACCCUGGGGCCCCAGCUGGGGGCCCUGGCGAACCAGGGGAAUUCACCAAGCAACCUGGAAUGCUGGCCUACUAUGAGAUUUGUUACAGAGUAAAGAACUUACGUUGGGCAACGGGCCGCCAAGCGAAUGCUGGACCUUACGCGUAUUCCGACAGUCAAUGGGUUGGAUAUGAUGAUCCCAAGUCGAUUACUGAAAAGGUGGAAUGGGCAAUGCGCCAAGGCUUAGGCGGGGUGACAGCCUGGGCGAUAGACUUGGACGACUUUAACAACCGCUGCUGCGCGGAGCCGUCGCCGCUUCUGCGCGCUGCCGGCCGGGCGCUUGGCCGUUCUGUACCCGCGCCAGGCGCCGAGUGCGAGCGCCCGCCGCAGCCGGUCACACCAGCACCUCCUACGACCACCACUGCACAGGCUGAUGGAUCCCUCGGUGGCGGCGACCAUAGCGGCCACGACCACGGCCAACAUACGUCGACGACCUGGGGCUGGGUGCCCAGUUCGACGACGCCGACCUCCGCGCAGACGUGGUGGCCGCCCGCUACCACGCCCAGCACGACCACCACUACUAAAGCCACCACCACCACCACCACGACCAGACGACCCACUGCGGCCCCAGUGCGCCCGCCUCCCGAUGCAGGCGGUCUAGAAGGCACGUCAUGUACCGCGGGCGAGUACCGCGCGGCGCCGGGCGACUGCGGCGGCUACCUGCAGUGCGAGGGUGGACAGUGGCGCAAGCAGCGCUGUGCGCCCGGCCUACACUGGGCCGCGUCCGCGCACCGCUGCGACUGGCCCAGCUUCGCCAAGUGCACUGAAGAAUCAUCUAGCAACGAAGCAAGCACAGCGACCAGUACGCUAGCGCCUAUGACGUCACGUCCCCCGCCAAGGCCGUCUACAACUACGAGACGAACUACGACAUCUACAACUACAACUACCACUACUACGACAACGACCACGCCUAGGCCUACGACGACUCGUAAGCCUACGACCACGUCUAGGCCUUCUGCGCCGAGCAGCAGCGAAGAAGUUUCGGAUGGCAAGCCGUGCAAUAACCAAGGUUAUAAGCCAGCCAGUGACUGUAACUCAUACCUUCACUGUGAUGGAAACAUGUGGAUUAAGCAGCAGUGUGCGCCCGGACUACAUUGGAGCCCCACUGAAAACCAGUGCGACUGGCCCAAGUACGCCAAAUGCAAAGUUUCAGCAUCCAAACCAACCACAUCUGCGCCAAGACCGACUUAUCCUUCUCCAAAACCAACGAGUCUGAUUCCAUCGGGAGACAAUCCGUUCGAAGACGGUCAGUGUGGUUCCAACGACGUGCAUGCGCCGGCCAAGUCGUGCGAUUCGUACCUUCUGUGCGUGGGCGGCCGCUGGCGCAAGCAACUAUGCCCGCCCGGCCUGCACUGGGACAAGCGGACGAGUCGCUGCGACUGGGUCGAGUUCGCUAUGUGUCAAGAAGAUAAACCAUCGGCAACGAAAUCUCCGAUAGCACAAUCAACGACAACAACGACUACUACUACUACAAGAAGACCUACAACUACUACAACAACAACUAAAAGACCAGUCUCCGCGGCUAUUGAAGAAUCGCAUAGACCGAGCACGGGUUGCAUAACCGGCACGUACUAUCCCCAUCCGAAAUGCGAGAAGUUCUUCGUAUGCGUAAACAACUUGAUGGUGGCUCAGAGUUGCGCGCCGGGACUGGUAUGGAACGCCGAGCGGUCGCAGUGCGACUUCCCUAGUUCGGUCUCUUGCUCUGACAGGAGACAGGUCAUGUCUGCAGCUAUGACUGACGCUAGCGGGGAAUCUACCUCUAUGCAACUCAACGAUGAAGUUCCUUUCGAAUCCUCUUACUAUUAUGGAGCCCGUACUACGUUGAUGGACCCUUCCCACUACGUUGAUGAUGCCUUGUACACACCAGAGCCUACUAUGUCCGAUGCUAUACCUGAGCCCUCCAACUCUCAAGAAGAACUGUAUUGUGAUAAUGGGCAGUACGCAAUGCUCCCGACUGACUGCACUCGCUACCGACACUGCAUCUUUGGAAAGUUCGAAGAGUUCUCUUGCAGUGCUGGUCUUCACUGGAAUCAGGAAAAACAAAUCUGCGACUGGCCGAGCAACGCCAAAUGCAAAGCUAAAGGAACCACUAAACCUAAACCUACGGCAGCGCCAAAACCAGAGUCCUCUACGCGACCCUCUAAGCCUACAAAACCCGUCUACAUUGACAACGAGGAUCAUUUACCGGAGCCAAGUCCGACUAAACCGAUCGCGUCAGCACCGCCUACUGGAACUUUACCAGAUCUACCCUCAAAGCCGUCCCUGCUGAAUUCCCGCUACAAGCUGGUCUGCUACUACACCAACUGGUCGUGGUACCGGCCCGGCAUCGGCAAGUACAGCCCCGAGGACAUCGACCCGUCGCUCUGCACGCACAUCGUAUACGGAUUCGCGGUCCUGGGCAAUGAUGGACUCAUGACGGCCCACGACACCUGGUCCGACUAUGACAACAGAUUCUAUGAGCGCGUGGUAGAGUACAAACGCUACGGCAUUAAAGUCUCCCUGGCCCUCGGUGGGUGGAACGAUUCCGCUGGAGAUAAGUAUUCCAAACUUGUCAACGACCCAGCAGCUCGCGCCAAAUUCGUUCAACACGCUGUAACCUUCCUCGAGAAAUACGGAUUUGAUGGUCUCGACCUCGACUGGGAAUACCCUAAGUGCUGGCAGGUCGACUGCUCAAAGGGUCCAGAUUCCGACAAGCAAGGUUUCGCAGACUUAGUACACGAACUAUCUGCUGUAUUAAAACCUAAGGGACUGCUACUGUCUGCAGCGGUAUCGCCCAACAAGAUGGUUAUAGACGCUGGAUAUGAAGUGCCAGUUUUAGCUCGCCUUCUCGACUGGAUCGCUGUCAUGACUUACGACUAUCACGGCCAAUGGGAUAAGAAGACUGGUCACGUCGCACCUUUGUACUACCACCCUGAUGAUGACACCACUUACUUCAAUGCUAACUAUACAAUUCACUAUUGGAUGGAGAAAGGCACCCCAGCUUCCAAGAUCGUUAUGGGAAUGCCCAUGUACGGACAGAGUUUCACAAUCGGUGAUAAAUGGGACUCGCCCAGGGAACAAUGGAGAAAGGACGCCAACGGCCUUAAUAUUCCUGUCUCCGAUGGUGGUGAACCAGGAGAAUAUACAAGGGCUAAAGGCUUCUUAGCUUAUUACGAGAUUUGUGACCGCAUCAGAAACAGCGGCUGGACUGUCGUUAAAGACCCAUACCAACGCAUGGGACCUUACGCAUACAAGGGCAACCAAUGGGUGUCAUUUGAUGACGUAGAAAUCAUCAAGAAGAAAGUCAACUUCAUCAAAUCCCUGAACCUUGGUGGUGGUAUGAUCUGGGCGCUUGAUCUCGACGAUUACAGGAAUAGGUGCGGCCAAGGAAAACAUCCACUUCUCAACGCAAUCAAGUCUGAAUUACUCAACCCCAAGAUAGAAAUGGAGAAGGAAAUGCAACAAAAACCUCAUAAACCUAUUUACGAACCUCCAAACAAUAUUGACGAUGACUUGGAUGAUAUUCAGGUGCCAAUAUACCAUAGACCGACCUCUCGCCCGACCAGUCAGACAAGCAUCAUGACUACUACGACUAAGAAACCAGUUAUGGUUGCAGCUCCAGUUAAAGAGGAACGGUUUAAAGUUGUCUGUUACUAUACCAACUGGGCUUGGUACAGACCCGAUAACGGAAAGUACACUCCUGGCGAUAUUAACCCAGAACUGUGCACCCACAUCAUUUACGCAUUUGCAGUACUAGACAAGGAGGAGCUGGUGAUAAAGUCACAUGAUAUUUGGCUAGAUGUAGAAAAUAAGUUCUACGAAAAGGUCACAGCCCUGAAGAGUCACGGUGUAAAGGUGCUUCUCGGUCUGGGCGGUUGGGACGACUCGGCAGGAGACAAGUACUCGCGACUGGUGAACAACGUCUCUGCUAGAAGGAAGUUCGUAGUCCACGCUGUUGAUUUCCUCGAACAGUACGGAUUCGAUGGACUUGACCUCGACUGGGAAUACCCUAAGUGCUGGCAGGUGGAAUGUGAGAAAGGACCCGAUUCUGAUAAGCAAGGUUUCGCUGAUUUGGUUAAAGAAUUACGCAAGGCAUUCAACCGUCGCGGUAUGCUGCUAUCUGCUGCAGUCUCUGCUAGCAAGCGUGUCAUUGACUAUGCUUACAACGUACCAGCUCUAUCAAUGAAUUUGGACUGGAUCUCGCUAAUGACGUACGACUACCACGGUCAAUGGGACAAGAAAACUGGCCAUGUCGCGCCUAUGUAUGUCCACGACAAAGAUACCGAUAACACAUUCAAUGUGAACUUCACGGUCAACUACUGGAUCAACAAAGGCGCAGAUCGCAAGAAGUUGGUGGUGGGCGUUCCAUUCUACGGACAAUCGUUCUCGGUGGUGGAGGGCGCCGGGACCGGGCUUGGUGCGCCGACGUAUGCAGGCGGCGAAGCUGGAGACGAGACUAGGGCUAGAGGCUUCUUGUCCUUCUAUGAGAUCUGUGAACGAGUGAAAGUGAAGGGCUGGAAAGUUUACCGCGACCCAGGCGGUCGCAUCGGGCCCUACGCUACCCACGACGACCAGUGGGUGUCCUUCGAUGACGACUUCAUGGCUCGCCAUAAAGCCGAAUACGUCCGAGCUAUGGAACUCGGAGGCAGUAUGGCUUGGUCCUUGGAUCUUGACGACUUCACCGGCAAAUACUGCGGCUGUGGGAAAGCACCUCUUCUAACUACCAUAAACCAUGUGUUAAGGGGAAAGGACGCUCCACCACCGUGCAUUCUUGAAGAACUCCAAGAAUCAUCGCCAAUGGCAGUGCCUGGAGUACCAUCUCAACCUGAAGUUCCAGAACCGGAAGAAAAACCAAUGAUCAUUGACACUGAUCAUCAUCAACACGUCGAACACGUAGAACCUAGUGGCACAUCGCUUGAUGGGAAAGCAUGUUCUGGAGCCAUUUUCAGAGCAGAUGAGAGCAACUGCGCCAACUAUUACUUGUGCGUUGGAAAGAGAUACAUGCAACUCACAUGUCCCGCGCCACUGGUUUGGAACCAGAACCAUUGCGACUGGCCUGAAAAAUCGCAAUGCAAAGGAAAGACACAUUUGAGAAUCAGAGAUGAAAUGGAGCCAGUAGUGCAAGACAAGCCUAUACUUGCGUGUUACUUCACUAAUUGGGCAUAUUACAGACAUGGCAACGGUAGCUUCGGUCCAGAACAAGUGGACCCAUCAAUGUGUACACACAUCGUGUACGCGUGGGCACACCUUGAUCCGGCCACUUACAAAUUGGUGCCAGGAAACCCAGAACUGGAUAUCGAUAACGAUUUCUACGGCAAGAUGACGGAACUUCGUAUGAAGGGAGUAAAGGUGAUCAUCGGUGCUGGUGGUUUGGAAGACUCGGAAGACGAGAAGUGGGUCGAGAUGUCUUCGAGUCCUGAAAGCAUUGACGUAUUUGUAGAGUCCGUUCUGAAGUUCCUGAACAGAUGGAACUUUGACGGUUUGCAGAUCGCGUGGCAAUAUCCUGUCUGCAAACAGAUCCCAUGCACAGACUUCGAUAUCACCGAGAAAGACAACUUCAGCCUCCUCAUCGCCAAACUUUCAAAGACUCUUCACCAGCACAACUUUGAGUUGUCCGCCUUGGUUUCUUCAUCCCCGGAGGUGGCAGCACUGGCGUAUGACCCAGAGGUUCUGACAGCCACUGUCGAUUGGAUAGCUCUGGCUGCUAACGAUUAUUAUGCUUCUACAUCAGGAAGAACUUCCUAUUUGGUACCUUUGGAAUCCAUCGAAAUGGCUGGGAUUAACAGCUUCAACUCUUCCCUGGCAUACUGGUCGAGCGUGGUGCCCGCUGAAAAACUCGUGAUAGGCGUCCCGGCUUACGCGCGCUCCUACACGCUGCGCAGCGCUGCGCACAAGCACAUACAGUCGCCCGUCACGGGACCAGGCAUCCCCGGACAUUUCACCAGGGUCCCUGGAUUCCUUGCUUUCUACGAGCUAUGUCCGGGGUCGAAGUGUAGCAGCUGGGAGGAGACUCGUACUGAGGACGGUACGUUCGCUGUGCACCGAUCUCAAUGGGCCUCGUACUUGCGGCCUGAGGAAAUCCACCGGGUAGGAGCGAGCGCCGCGACAGCUGGCCUGAGGGGCGCCGCUCUAUGGGCACUUGACUUAGACGACUUCCGCGCGCUUUGCUCCUGCGAACCCAACCCUCUCUUGGCCGCGCUACGGCAAGGUCUACUCGACCCCAACAUACCGCCUACCCUCUGUAACUCAGAAUAGUAAUAACUUUAGACUAGGAAUAGCCACGCUAGCAUUUGGAAAUGAGAACGAGACUGAAAACAUUUAUUAUCGUUCAAUAUAGGUACUUGCUUAUUUUUAAUUUACCCUUGUUCCACUCAAUAUUUUUUUGUAUUUACAGUAUUUUUCAGACACGACUUCGUUCUUGUAAUUAACAAAGAGUAGGUAGUACUUAUGUUUAUAAUUAUUAUUGUAAUUUAUAUUAAAAGGCGUAGCUUUACCAACUACGUUUGGAUAUUUUAAGUACACUUAAAAUUAAGGAUUUUAAAAUAAUGUAAAAACCCUACUCAAGAAAAUAUACUUAUUUUGUGAUAUUUUUAUUUUUUAUCGAAGUAAUUUUAUACUACAUCUUUGAAUUCUAUUUGACUUGACAAUAAUUUUAUCAUAUUUUUAUCGAAAUACGAUUACUGCAAUUGUCAUUUUGAGUAAAAUUGCAAAGACAACAAUGUUAAUGUAAAAUCGUUUCGUGCAUGCACGCGACUAUCUGUUUCUGUGGGUUAGUUGUUUGAAAAUAACAAUAACAUUGUUUUGAAGAAAUAAAUGUUCAAAAUGUG